GAGCACACCGCGGAGACAGGUGAUGACGAUGUCGAAAAGAGUUCGUUAGAAGCAGACAGAGCCGCCACGCUUUCUUCCGCCGCCUUCCCGGCACUUUCAGCGGCGAGAUCUGGGUGGAAAUCACGUGUUUGUGUUCCAAUGCUAGCAGCGGGAGCAGCCGCAUGGGAAAGCUUAAACGCGAUGCGCGGUACAGGGCGCAGCAACAUUCGCGUGUGCCUGAGGACGACGACAACAACGAUUCGACAUUCGUAACAUCAUGACGAGUCUCGAAACACUGGUUUCCAAGGGACCUGCAGGUGAUGUGGAGGCAGGACUGGAACAGUUGCGCUACACCAUCUUGUCGGAUGGAAUUAGCAGCAACAGCGAUGGCAUGUCCGAGUUGCGCAUGUACAUCUGGCUCAUCCUGCUCAAUGUGCCACCGCUCCGCACCGAUGCCUACCUCGAUCUUGUGCGACAGGGUGCCUCGCCGGCCUAUACCAAGAUCCGCAACGAUACCUUCCGUACCUUGACGACGGAUCCUCUGUUCCGCCGUCGCGUUACGGAAAAUAGCCUCACCCGUGUUCUGAAUGCCAUCGCCUGGAAACUGCACGAUGCUCAUGAAGCUCGCAUCAAUGGGUGGAUGUCACCUCCUACCUUGUCUGUACCCAGAAGCAUUGACGGCCAGUCGGAUCAAGUCACAUCGCCUACCUCAAGGCAUCGCGCCUCUAUAACCGGGACUGAAGGCUCCGAGGCUGGUGAUGGUGCUUCUCACGUUGGCUAUGUUCAGGGCAUGAAUGUCAUGGCUGCUCCCUUCCUGUAUGCCGCCCGUAGCGAGGCAGAGGCCUUCGCUGCCUUUGAUCGCUUCAUUACCGUCGAAUGUCCCGGCUAUGUAAGAGGCUCGAUGGACGGCGUUCACAGAGGACUGGCUCUGGUCGACAAGAUCCUUGCUAUCGUGGAUCCAAAGUUGUCCGCCUACUUGGCAAGCAAGGGCAUGGAGGCCAGGAUCUAUGCCUUCGCCAGCGUUCUCACCAUGUGCGCUUGCACUCCGCCUCUGCCCGAGGUUCUCCAACUAUGGGACUUCUGCUUCGCUUACGGCCCGCAUCUGAAUUUGCUUUGCAUUGUUGCUCAGCUAGUCCUGAUAAGAGAUCAACUCCUAUCCAGUUCGAGCCCGAACCAAAUUCUCAGGUCCUUCCCGCCUCUCCAGGCCUCCAAGAUUAAGCCCAUGGCUAUCAGCUUUGUACGAAAACUGCCCGAAGACCUCUACCAGCAGAUUGUCGAUCAUGCGAAAUGAGCAUGUCCUGAUCGAACGCAUAACG